AUGUUGAAUAUAAAGUUUGGGUUGUCUGCUUCUUAUCAGCGCUGCAGACUGAGAGACGGAUUAACCGCAACUCUUGUGCCAGAUUUAUUUUACUUAACUGGAUGCAUGUUUAACCUUGUGGAUUUAACCUUGUGGAUUUAUUGAUGAGAUGAUUUUCUUUUUUUCCUUUUUUAUUGUCACAGUCUGGAGCAGGAGGACGAAGAUGAUGACCUAGAGUCGCCGGAGAUACUCCGAUACCUGUUUACUCAUUAUAACAGGAAUAGAAGCAGAUUCACUCUCUGAUCAGGCAUCACACAGCCAAGAUGUUUUCAAAGGUGAAGGUGCUCAUUGUCGUGCUGGGUGUGACCAGCAUGUCUGUGUUCUGGAGAGUGUACAUGACGCCGCCACGCUCGCCGCCACGCUCGCCGCCACGCUCGCCGCCACGCUCGCCGCCACGCUCGCCGCCUUGGGACGGAAUCCCCUGUGCUUGUGACAGCUGUUUAUCUGAAGAUGAUCCCUGGUUCACUCAGCGUUUCAACAAAUCUGUUGAACCGUUUCUGUCAGCAAACCACAAUCUGUCAGAGGACGCUUUCAACUGGUGGAAGCAGUUACAGGCUGAAGGACGCAGCUUCAGUACCUACAGAAGAACAGUGGACAGGCUGUUCCAGAUGUUCCCACCCAGUCCAGUUGUUAUAGAACCCAGACCUGACCGCUGCAGGACUUGUGCUGUGGUGGGGAACUCUGGGAAUCUGAAGAGAUCACAUCAUGGACCUCUCAUAGAUUUCCAUGACGUCGUCAUACGAAUGAACACUGGUCGUAUCAAAGGUUAUGAAGCAGAUGUUGGGAGCAGAACAACUCAUCGGAUCAUGUAUCCAGAGAGCGCUGUGGAUUUAGAUAACACCACCCAUCUGGUGCUGGCUCCAUUUAAAAUACUGGAUCUUGAGUGGAUCACGAAGGCCCUCACCACCGGAUUCUCUGGAAAGUCAUACAUGCCAGUAAAGUCAAAUAUCAAGGCUAACAAGGAUUUGGUGAUGGUCAUGAACCCAGCUUUCAUGAGGUAUGUUCAUGACAUGUGGCUGCAAAAGAAGGGCAGGUAUCCAUCCACUGGCUUCCUGGCUCUGAUUCUUGCCCUGCACAUUUGUGAUGAGGUUCAUGUGUUUGGUUAUGGAGCAGACAGUGAUGGGAACUGGAGCCAUUACUGGGAAAAACUCAAAGACAGGAAGUUAAAAACUGGAGUACAUCCUGGGAAUCAUGAGUAUGGGGUCAUCCAGGAGCUAGCUAUGCAACGAAAACUCACGUUUUAUCAAGGGUGGUGAUCUUUCUCUCAGCAUUUAAAGUAUUCAGGCCAAGAAGCCUUACACAUCUCUUCUGGGACUGACUCCCUUUGCUGCAAACAUUAACUAGAUUAAAACUGUGAGUGGUGAAACAUCCAGAUCUAUGGAGAGGAAAUAAACUACAUGUAAAAUGAACCUGACUGAUCCCAUUGAGGGUGUUUAAGCUACCCAAGUGACAUGAAUCAAAGCCAAUGAAAUGUAGGAUAACGGCUGUUCUAAGCUGCUGUAUGUGUAUUUUUCUUUUUUCAUUGUUUAUUUAUUGUCAUUUUGUGCUGUUGAUGGACACUGUUGCAAUGCACAACUGCUUAAUUUAUAAAUACAUAAAUUAAGUAGUAAGUUCUGACCCAAAAAAAAAACAUGUUUGAAUUGAAAUCCGAACAUGGCAGCAUGUUACAAAGCAUUGAUUGUUUCUAGAAAGUAGUUUUGAUGUGAUGACAUUUUUACAUAUUUUGUCUGGUGAAAGUUUGCUCUAAUAACAUCAAUUUUCACUUUGACCAUGUUAAAAUAUCUGAAUAAAAAUG